UUCUGAUUAGUCUGUUUAUUAAGCACAUACAUAAAUACUGAUUUGGUGUAAAUUAUAUUUAUUAUAAUUAAUAUUUGUUGAUUGUAAACAUUUAGGUAUCCUAUUUUACAAUAUUUGCAUAUGUAAUUGAAUUAAUUUGCAUAUACCAUAUAAUUUAAUUUGUUUGUUUUUAACCAUGCAAGGCAUAUGGCAACGCUAAUUUCCUCGUUGCUACACUGCAAAUAAAACAAAAAGCAAUAAACUGCUACCAUACACAGAAUAGCUAACAUACAUAUACACAUGUAAAUGUACAUUCAUACAUACAUGUAUGUAUCUAUUAUGUAUGUUAAUUAAUUUUUUUCGUUUACAAAGUUUCGGCAUUUCGAACCUUCCACGCAAAAAGCUGGUAUUUAACUCUUGUAAUUACCGUCUAGCGGCCAUUUCCGCUAAACUCUUCCAAUUCGAAAUAUUCCAAUACCCACACCUUCAUUUCCAGUUUACAUUUCCAAUGUAAGUCACCAAUCCACUAAGCAGCUAGUUGGCUAGCCAUCUAGUGCGCCAACCGCUGAGCUGGCUCACCAGCUGCAGAGCUAUUGAAUCAAACAGGUACUUCACCACUUGUACGCGCUCUCAUGGCUUCAGUUCUCUUUGAGUUGUUGAAUCCGAUUGUUGUCGUUCAUUUGCAAGCCGUCAUACGCACGAAACAAUAUAAAAUCCGCACAGAAUAUCGCCAGCAACUGUUGCUUUUAUGCACGCAAACCAUUAUGUGUGCUCGCCACCAACCAAAUCAGUGAAUUGAGCAAAUAGCAGGACAAAAGAAAUGUAAACAAGAAAACUGCAUCUGUUCAAAGCAAAUAAUUGUUAUUACGAGGUAAUUAGUGUGCAGUGCAAGCUUCAACUUCUAGUGAAAUAUUUUAUGUGGUUUCAUAGCGAUUUUUGCUGGCAGACCAUCGGUGCUCCGCUCUUUUGUAUGUUGUGCUCGUAUCCCUGGACGAUACAGCAGCAUUCUUUGUUGUCACGGCGCGCGCACAUUGGAAUUUUGCUUACUACCAGCAAAAUGCUCACAAGUCUUACCCCCAAAACCGUUGCCUAAACGCGUUACGUUGUGUUUUUAUUUUCACCUACCUAUUUAUUUUAUUUUUGGCUUUCUAACGUUAUUCGUUACUUGGUUUUCUGGCUUACCUUCUUAUUUACAUACUCUACACACAUGCAUAAAUACAUAUUUGUAUUUAUAUACAUGCAUACGGUCGGUCGUUCAUGUGAGUGCAUUUAUUGUUGCUAGAAACCGGUUAUUGCUCCCCAAUAAAUAGCGUGAAUGUUUCAAAUAAGUAGGUGUUGCUGUGUGCGGCUCUGCCAAUGAAAGAAGCCACAAAAGCCAGGGGCGAGAAAAGAAAAAUCUGUAAUAACAAAAUAAGUUAAAAUAGUUUUGCGCUAAAAAAUGCAAAACAAUGAAAAACGAAAAACUGCUAAUAAACAAAGUAUCUCCAUUGAAGGCAUAACAACAACAACACAAAAAUAUUAAAGAACCAACACGAUUUAACUCCGAAACUUGAGAAAAAAACAAUAACAACAAAAGUGAAAAAAUAAAGUGUACAGGCAACUACAACAACUGUGUCAACGGCAAGUGCAAAAGCUUCGUUUGCUGCAUAAAAACAACAACGCUACCGACGAACAAGUCUUCCUACAUGUACAUAUAAUACAACAGUACAUAUGCAUAUAUUUAUAUACGUUCUGUUGCAUUAAAAUCCGUUGCAAAUUCAAUGACACGCAAAGUUGCGCAGUUAAUUCAAAAGGUUAAUUGAUUUUUAAUUAAAAAGAAAGUCGGCAAACACAUAUACACAUACAUACGUACAUAUGCAUAUGUGGCUGUGGCUUUAAGUGGAAACACAGUUUUGUGAAAUUAAAAUAUCAAAUAAGUAAAUGCAAAUGCACUACACAAGUGUCAAAAAAAAGUAAUAAUAAAGAAUUCUGUCGCGGAAUUUAUCUGUUGUAAUGAGAAUGUGGAAAUAUUAACACAACGCAACGCAACUUUAUCGCUGUUGAUUUUCUUACAACUUUCCACAUCAUAAAAGCUAUAUUUAAAGUCAGAAAAGGUCAGCAAUAAAAGCGCUUUGAGCCUGCGAUAAACUCACUAAAUAUUGCUACUAAGUUAUUUAAAGCCAGUGUUUUGCGGGAUCCUUUCUAAAACAAGUUUUAGUUGGAACUUCACAAUAAAAAUGUCAAUGAAUAUGUGUAAAACAGACAAACAAAAAACAACAACCAUAUAUAAGUGAUAGAAAAACAAAGUGAGCUUUGGUUGGAAGAAUAACUGGUGGGGAAAUGAAGAAAAACAUAUAAGGAGGCAAAAACGAUUGAUUUCGGUUGCCGCUGAUAUAAACAAAAAAAAAACAAUUUACAAUUCCCCAUGGCAAACAAAAUUGGAACCGAGAAUCGUGAAGAUUGAGUCGUCGAAUGCAAAGAAAGCAAUAAAAACUCAUUAGAAAGCAACAACAAAAAUCAAUCAAUUAAUAGCGAAUAGCAUUAGUAAUAACAAAUUAGUGGUAGCAAUACCAACAUUGCGUCUUAUAUUAUACCGGUGAUUCUAUUGGUAAUAAUAGCGCCGAUAACCACAACAACCACACAAUAACAGUGAAUACAACUGCUGUGACGACAACAUGAUGGACGUCACAACAGCGGCUGUUAAACAUAACAAUAAUAUGAACAGUGCUGCUAAUGGCAAUGGCGAAAUGUUGCAACAGCGUGAUGAGGUCGAUUUUGUUGCUGUGGCCUCGCACAAUAACAACAACAAUAGCAUUUUCGACAACAAAACAAUGACCAACGGAUUGCAUUCGAAUUCGAAUACAACUUCGACAAUUUUCACGAACUCGAAAACGUCAACAAAUGAACAUUUACAAUAUCAGCAACGACAACAACAACAACACCAACAACAUAAAGAAAUAAAAAAGAGCAAAAAGAAAGUUGUCACAAAUGAAGAACCAAAGAAAAAGAAUUUCACAAAAGAGCGCCUUUCCUUGUUCUCCACGCUCGGACGACGCAUCAGCCAGAAGACGGUGAAACAGAAAGACUCCAAUGCUAACGAAUCCAGCACAGCGCCUGAAAAACCUACAGCUAUAGCGAUUCCGUUAACAACAAUAACAAACACGACAGCUAAAAAUGCGGCCAACAGCAACAACACACCUCCCCGCCAACGUACGUUUGUCAAGAGUUCUUCAAUUGGCCGUCUUUUAGGUAACACCUAUCAGCAGCACGCCAAAAAGCUGGAAAAACACCAGUCAAACUUGGAGAAAGCGAAAACACCGUUAGAUGGUAAAUUCCAUACCUAUGGUGGCAGACGUCGCACUAACGGUCCCUAUUUGGAUCGUUUCAAGCGCUACUCCAAAGAUGACGGUGAUGUUAUCUCAAGCAACAACAAUAACGAAGAAGAUGCAGAGCAACCAAUGGACUUCGUCGAUGUGCUGGAGUUAGAAGCAGAUACCGCCGAUGAAUUGCAACGCGAUUCUAGUGGUUUGGAACGCUUUCGUGAUCAUAGCACUGUAGCGGCUGGUGAUGACGAGGCCGCCGCGGAAUUGGGCAGCAAAACGAUGCGUACGCUGUCGCGCAGCCUCGGACGGUUGUGGGGCAAACGUUUGCAUAGUGUGGACAUAAGCACGCCAGAUCCCGAGUAUAAGGUAUCAUAUUUGGGCAACGUGCUAACCGGUUGGGCCAAAGGUGAGGGUUGCGUUGAAAAGCAACUGAACACACUGUGGCGCAACUAUACCCAAAAUAACAAACCCGACAUGAUCAUGCGCAUUAAAGUAUGCGCCAGUGGACUUAAAGCCACCACACGCCAACACGGACUCACCGAGUACUGGGCCAAUCGUAUCACACAUUGUUGUGCGCCGAAGAACUACCCACGCAUCUUCUGUUGGGUCUAUCGACAUGAGGGACGUAAACUAAAACAUGAGCUGCGCUGUCAUGCGGUGCUCUGCAGCAAGGAGAAAGUUGUACAGGAUAUUUGCAAUACCCUAAAAGAGAAUCUGGAACGUGCACUACGCGAAUUUAAACGUGAAAAAAUUCUCAAGCAGAACGCUCGUCUCAGCCUGGCUAAUGCAGCGUACGAAAAUCCCAGUUUGCCGCGACGUAAAAUACUACUCAGCGUCGGUGGUAACAAUUAUCGACCACCACUAGAGCGUUCCAAGUCCGCACCGAAGUUAAUGGCCAUCGAAGAGGCUAUCGGUGAGGAGGAGGGCGAAGAUGCCGAGGACACCAAUGAACCGGAAAUGAAGCCGUGUUGCCAAAAGGAUUCGCUAUACCCCGCAAUGACUUUGGGUCGCAGACGCUGUCGACGUGGACACUCAAUAAGACGCACAGGCAAAGCACGUCCACUAUGUAGCGUUUCCUUUGGUGAAACACAAAAGCUUAAGCAUAUUUUAUCCGGUGACAUGAAAGUAGGCACUUGCUGUCACGAUAAAAAAAUAACCAAAGAAUGCGCCAGCCAACAGAAUACUACUGCGCCAACCACAGGGCUAACCGAAGAGCAGCGUAAUAGCUAUGGUUCCGAUGACUCGGAUGAUUUUGAGAAGUUGCUGAAAUACAAUGACUACGAUGCUAAUACAUCCCUAGCAACUGAACUUUUGCCCUACUUCGACAUGCAACUGCACAAGAACACCAGCAACAGUCUCAUCGAUUUGUGUGCGCUGAAGGACGACGAGGAACCGCUCAGUUUGCUGCCAACCAUCAAUAGUGAUCCGAUGGCACAUCCAGAGGGUGAUCUACUACCCAGGGAUUGUGCGCAAUGUGUCAACGGCGAGUUAGAGGAGGAAGAAGAGGAGGAAACGCAUGUUGGCCUCCGACGCAAUGGUGUCUGUAGCGAUGGUGAGGAGGAUUAUUUGGAUGCUGAUGAUAUGUACUUUCGACAGGCGACAAUCUUAAAUAUUUUACACCGCAAUUCAAUGCGUAAAAUGGCACAAAUUUCGCUGAGCAGCGACGAGGGUAGCAGCUUGGAAACGAAUGCCUCGGUACCACUUCAAUACCGUCACCAACCACAAUCUUCUAUAUCGUCUAAUGCCUCCUCGAACGCCACAACCAGCAGCUCGUUGCAGGAAGGACACAACGGUUCCUCAACCGGUAAACGUCACAGCGGUGCCGAUAGCGAUGAGGGCUCUAUUUCGAGCGGCUGUGAGACGGCCAGCACCGUGACGGCCAACCAAGAUGAUCUGUCAUUGCAAUACCGUCACGACAAACAGCUCCUACAGCUACAGCAGCAACAACAAGCAGCAUUACUGGACAGCGACGACGCACACUUUUUCAACAUGCCAAACGAGAAUGAAUCACUCAUCACUGCCGAUGAAAUCUACCAAAGACUCGAAGCGCGUCUGCAGCGUCGUCAAAACAGCGACGCUACCACAUUCAGCAGUUCGAGCACAAUUACACUGAAGAUGAGCACAGGUAGUGACGGAUCCUCGCCCCACUCGCCAAAUGAGUCAAUCACACAACAGUCCACAAGUGAGCAACAAGCGAUCGCUUUAACAAAUAGCACAACACGUGUACGCCGUCAACGGCAGCGUCAGUUGGUGGCUACAACACCACCGCCACCCGACUUUCAUGCCGACGACACGGACUCAGAGUGCAGCGACGAAUCCGGCUAUGUGGAGUAUCAAGAACGCGAGAAAACGGUGCGUGAGAAGAUUGGCGACGUCGAAAGGCGUCAGUUGCAACAGCAACAACUACAAGAACAACAACAUCAACAACCUAUUGCACAAAAACGCCAAUUUAAGCCACAAUUGCCACCGAAACCGUUGCCGCGACGCACGCUAAGUGGCGCCAGCGCGGCUAUGUCGGUGGCAGGCACUCAGAGGACAAAUAACAGUACCGCAGUGUGAAUCACUGUCUGACUAAAGCAGUAAAGAUUUUGUUGUGUGCUUAUAAUUUUGAGUACGAAGUCAAGCAUAUACGCUGCAGAACAGUGCGAUAAGACUUUGGAAGCUAACGGCAAGCGUUUUUUGUGACGCACGAAUCGUGCUACAAAAACAAACCGCAAUAACUUUUUUAAUCAAUGCAUUACAUUUCUUUUUUUUAUUGUAUAGCAAAUUUUAUUUUAUAUAAUUAAUUAUUUUCAAAAUAUCGUAAAUUACCUCCAUGCUCAGCCACGCAUAUGCGACACUAUUAGAAAAUUAUUCAUUGCGGCCUGAAGGGUUGAAGUCGGAAUUGCCUCAAAUAUCGAUUUAAUGGACUACUUCAAUUCAGUCAGAUUUCUGGGUUUUGUUGCUUGUCAUAGCCCCAUAAAAAAGUGUGGUGCAGUCAAAUCAGGCACCUUGGGGCCAGCAUAAAGUGGAGUUUCUUGAUAUUAAUUUGUUUUCAAAUUUUCUUUGGAGCACACAAACCGGUCUGGCUAUGCGCGCAGUUGCUCCAUCUUGCUGUAACCAAACAUUAUUGAAAGGGAUACGUCUUUAGCGCAAUUUUGGGUAAAAAAUUCUCAUUCAAUAUCUUUAAAUAACGGUGCCCAUUCACAGUUACUGUUAGACCGUUUUCUUUAAAGAAGUAUGGCCCGACAAUACACCUUGAUGAAACUGCGCGCCACACAGUUACUCGUUCUGCGUGAAGUUCCGCCUCGGCGAUUAGUUUUGGAUUUGAUUCACUCCAUAUAUGGCAAUUUUGCUUGUUUACGUUUCCGUUUAAAUCAAAAUAGAACUCAUCAGAUGCUGCACUAUCCAAACCUUCUUUUUGGUAUCCCAAGCAUUCAAUUUUAAAAAAUGUAAAUAAUAGCCUGCCAAUUAAAAAAAAAGGUAAGUCAAUUACUCACUCUGAAAACAAGUUAUUACGGUUUGGUUUUGUAGCACGAUUCGUGCAUCACCCUGUAAAUUGUUACGACUAUGUAUUGAAUGCAUGUUAGGAAAUUUUUGUUGUUCAAAAUUUAAAAUACGUCAAUUUUUUAUAGAAAAUUCUAUAGGAAAAGUGUAGUCUUUUGGCAUCUAACUAGAAUUAUUUUAAGCUAUUGUAUUUUUUUUUAAUUUUUUCUUUAACUUCAAAAGAUGUGUACAUUUACAUAUAUUUACCGAAAUUUAUACUUAAAUUUCACAGUGAAUACUUACGAAAAUAUAAUUUAAAACGAUUAUGCAUCCCACAAGAGCCGAAAACACUCACAUGCGCUUAGUUUUUUAUAAAAAUAUUUUUUGUGUAAAUAUUAGAGAUACAAAUUUUCAAAAUCAAAAAUAAUAAUUUUCAUCAUGACAAAACAGAGUCAAAAUUAAAAAAAUUUAUAUACUAUAAAGGUCUCGCGAAAUUUUGUUUUCUUAUGCAUAUAUACAUACAUGAUAGUUAUUAAUAUAUAAAAAAAACUUAGUGAAUUGUAAUAUUUACAUACACUAUUAACUAUCAUGCUUAAUAAGAAGCCAAAUGUAACAGCGAAGCAAAAAAAUUGUAAUAUGAACAGUUAUUCCAAAUAUUAACAACCACAUUAUGGAUUUGUACAAAUUAAUAUUUUAUGAAAGUAUAUACAUAUGUGCUAGGAAAUUAUCAUAUACAUAAAUAUAUAUUUAUUUACGCACAUGUCUGUACACAAGCAAUAUACUUAUAAACUGUAACAUAAAUCUGUUUAGGACCAAAAUGAGUAGAAAUAAACUUUUUUUAAUUAAUAUUUAUGUUUAUGCUUGAUUUUGUUAUAUAGUUGAGAAGUUGUGAAUAUAUAUAUUUAAAUAUACAUAACAUGUGUAUGUAAAUAUCUGUAAAUUAAUUAUAUGUAAUAACUUACACACUUAUGCAGAAAUUGGGUUAAAUUUUUUUUUGAUUUAAAAAAUUUGCUUUAGAAAUCAUUUAUACUUUACAAAAUUAACUCAAUUAAAAAAUGUUUGCUCUUUGUGCGAACAAUGUUGGCGUAACAAAUAAAAAAGUAUGUAUAUAUAGAUCAGGGACCGUAAAUAAUAAUUAUUGUUA